GAAACUGUGGUGUAAAAAUUAUUUUCAUGUACCGUCGUCGCCGUGGCUGUCGCUGUGGGAUCUUCGAAAAAAGUGAUACCUAUAAGCAGUGCUGCCAAGUGACUUUUUUAUGUUUAUUUUUCUACGCAAUUUCUCAAAAUGUCUCAACUAAAACCAAUCGAUGGAACUGAACUCAACGAAUAUGUUAUAAAUUUGUUGCAUAAAAAUAAUAUUAGCACCGGAAGUGAUUUUCUUCGACUAGAGGAUGUAAAAUUGAGCAAAAUAACAAAUUUGCCAGAAACACAAAUUGCAGCAAUUAAAAUAAAAUUGCGUCGUGUUUUUGGUCCCCAAGUUGUCGAUGCGUUGUAUUACUGCAGUCCAGCGUGGAAAAUUAAAUAUACUACUGGAAUUGAAAGUUUGGAUUCCCUCAUUGGCAAUGAAUUUCGUCCAGGAAGAAUUUACGAAAUUUGUGGGUACUCAGCGACUGGUAAAAGUAUAUUCUGCACAACAAUUGCAUUAAAUUUUGUACAAAAUCAUUCUGCCGACGUUAUCUAUUUGGAUACAAAAAGAGACUUCUCCGGGACUCGAAUGCAUCGAAUGUUGCAGGCAAGAAAGUUAUCAAAAGAUGAAAUCGGUCGAAUAAUGCAAAAGAUUAUUGUCCAACGAUGUUAUAAUCUACGAGAGCUAAUUAAUGUUUUAGAGAAUUUGUUAGAAGGUUUAAAAAAUAAGAAACUUACAGCUAAAUUGGUUAUAGUUGAUUCAUUGCCUUCCGUUUGGUAUCUUUUUCAUGGAGAAGAUGGAUCUAAAAAAGGCAAAUCCCUUUUAACCCAAUGUGCCAAUCUCUUAAAACAAAUUGCCAAAGAACAUCAACUCCUUGUAAUCUGUGUCAACGUCAUGGUUCGAAAUAUCUCCGAACAAGAACCCAUGACAGCAAUGGACAUGGAAGAUAGACUCGACUUGGCCGGAAAUCAGCUGCAACAGCAUCAAAGGCAACUUGAACAGCCACUGCAUUCAUUAACGAAGCCAUCGCUGGGCAAGUGCUGGGAUGCUGUGCCCACAAUACGCUUUACUAUUGAAGAUCCAUUCUACGAAGCUAUGCUAAAUGAGGUGUCUACCACGAAUCGAACUGCCGAACAAGCUCGGACAUCGGCUGAAGCAAUUGACAAGAACCAACGCAUCGUCAGGGUGGCAAAGAGUUGUUUCACUUCAACUGGAUCCGAGUGUACAGUUCGUGUGGGUGACAUUGGGAUGCAUUAGAACUCGCUUGCUUGGCACAACAGUCUCUGAGAGACCAGGACGAUUACGUUUCUUGGCGGAAAUUGUUGUCGUUGACUCUUCGGGGGGAGUGUUAAAGCUUUCGUUUAUGGGUUGAAUGCCUCCGUAGAGGCGUUGUGGUAUUUUUGUAGCUGCUGGCAAGGUUUUAUCCUGAAAUCGAGGAGAUCUCAAUAAAUAUUAAAUAUUCCUACUUGCGUAAGCUUUUUUAGUCAAAUAAAUUCUACCUUUUUGUGGGCUAUA